UUUAUUUCUUUGUUUAAACCCAAAAGAAGGAACAACUCCAACUGAACCAAUACCAUCGUCAAUCAUCAUUCGUACACACACUGCAAAACGAAAAUUUCCCAGAAAAAAAUAUUUAGAGAGAGAAAUUAAAGCAUCAGAGAGAGAAAGAGAUUUAGAUUCAAAAUUUCAGAUGAGUUCCAAUACUGAGAAGAACAAUUUACUUCCGGUUUCGGAUCCUCCGAAAAGCGAUGAUAAACUCUUCAAAGGUUCCGCCAUGACUAAACGUGGUGCUUAUGCUGCUAUUUCUUAUAUGUCUUGUGCUGUGCUCUUGGUGAUGUUCAACAAGGCUGCACUCUCUUCGUAUAACUUCCCAAGCGCAAAUGUUAUUACUCUUUUUCAGAUGCUAUCUUCAUCUUCAUUUCUAUAUGUAAUGAGACGCUUGAAGCUCAUCUCUUUCACUGUUGCUGAAGCAUCAGUAACUACUCUUGAUAACCCUGUUACUCUCUUACCUUUAAAAACAUUGAUACAUACACUCCCUGUUGCAUUCACCUAUUUGAUGUAUAUGUUAGUGACGAUGGAGUCUGUGCGCGGAGUAAAUGUUCCUAUGUAUACUACUCUGAGGAGGACGACUGUGGUUUUUACAAUGCUUGUGGAGUAUAUUUUAGCCAGGCAGAAGUAUACGUCCCCUAUCGUUGGGAGUGUUGGGCUGAUAGUUUUUGGUGCAUUCGUUGCUGGUGCUCGAGAUCUGUCUUUUGAUGCUUAUAGUUAUGGAGUUGUAUUUCUGGCCAACAUUUCAACAGCCAUAUACCUUGCAACUAUUGCUCGAAUUGGAAAAUCCAGUGGCCUUAACAGUUUUGGACUUAUGUGGUGUAAUGGCAUAAUCUGUGCACCAAUUUUGGUGUUUUGGACUUAUGUGAAAGGUGACCUGGAGAUCACCUUCAACUUCCCAUACUUGCUUUCUCCUGGCUUUCUGGCUGUUCUGUUCUUUUCUUGUGUACUGGCCUUCUUCCUCAACUACAGUAUUUUUCUCAACACAACUCUCAAUUCAGCACUAACACAAACCAUCUGUGGUAACCUCAAGGACAUUUUCACCAUCGGACUGGGCUGGAUGAUAUUCGGUGGUCUACCUUUUGAUUUGCUGAAUGUUAUUGGACAGCUUCUUGGUUUUCUGGGCUCUGGUUUGUAUGCCUACUAUAAAUUAGUGGGCAAGUAACCACAUGAUAGAAGCAUCGAUUAAUGUUAUGACUAUCCGUUACUGCUGCUGGGUGCUGGCUAGGUUUGCAGUCAUAUGAAUGCAACAACAGUGAUCUAAUAGGUAACGAUCUAACAGGUAACGGGUAACCCAUUCCAGAAGCUAGUAAGGGUAUUUGACGAGAAGGUACGGGUUUGUCAAUAACUAAAUGAUUGAGCUGGAGCCAGGAGCAACUUUCAUCUUCCAUUGAUCAUGAAGAAUGUGGUCAGAGUAUAAUGCGAUGGAAGAUAAAGCGCGCGCUGCUACUAAUUUGUGAUUACACCCAUUAGGCCAUUAUUAACUAUAUUGAUGAUUUGUAGGGUAUAGUUCUUGUUUUUGGGCAUGUUCUGGUAAAUAUUGCUGUAAUUGUUUUGCCCAUAUAGUAGUUGUAUUCUUGUAACAGUUGUGAUGAACGGUUGAAAAGUUUUGCCUUGAAAUUUGCCAAUUUGGGCUGUUCUUUAUAAGACUAAUUGGAUAUCUUGUCUCAAACCCAACAUGUGAAAUGGUUGGUGUCAUAAACAUAGAUGAUAAGUAGACAUCUUUUAUAAAAUAAAUUUUAAAAUUUAUAAUACAUACGUCAAACACAAGAGUAAAGAAAAAAGAAGUAGCUCAACAUUACAACAUGAGAAGUGAGAACAACUAGAAAUAGUUUAACACAAUAUACUUUUGUGGGUAAAUGAAGAAGGAUAGGUAGAUUGAGCUAGUUCUAUGGACUAUGAUAAA